AGAAAAUCCAUAUUUAAGUGUUGAACAAUUGAAAUAUAUUAAGUGUGUUUCUAAUCGUUUAGUAUUAUGGAAAGUAACAUACAGAUUUUAUUGAUGAUAUUAGUGUUUGCAGUGAAUACAGAUUACACUUUUUCAGUCAAAUGUUAUGAGUGUGGAUUGUGUCCAUAUCCAUUCAAUCAUUCUUCUACUGAAGUUAGCAUCAGAGAUAACUGUAAAUGGUGUGUGUCACUUUCAAUUGGCAGUCCACAUUUAACAUCUAAAGGAUGUGCAGAUCGGUGUGAAUCAAUAGACUUUUUAAAGAGAUAUGUUAACUAUAAUUAUACUUGUUGUAAUACGAGCUAUUGUAAUGUCAGUUCAAAAACCUGCACAACUAAUAAAAUAUUGUUUUUACUUCUACUGAUAAUUUAUUUUUAUUUUAACGCUGAGAAAUAAAAAUGCAGUUGAUAAUAUA